CUACAUCCCAAUCCGAUGUAAUAAAAAAAAAUGGCAUCUUCAACUCUCUUGGUGAUCCUUGUACUAAUCGUAUCCAACACGAAACAAUCACUCUGCGAGCCAAGAGCCACAGAGGCGGCUCAAAUAUGCAGCAACAAAACAGCGCCGGAAUCCGACCGGCAACUCUUCGUCCCUAAUUUCCUCGCCAGCAUGGCUUCCAUCUCGCCGGAGAUCUCGAGGCAAGGGCACGGCACCGUCAUAAACGGGACGGGAAACAACACCGUCUACACCAUGGGCGAGUGCAUGAAGGAUCUCUCCCAAAACGACUGUAACCUCUGCUUCGCCCAGUGCAAGACCGACAUCCUGAGCUGCCUCCCUUUCCAGAGGCUCACCAGAGGGGGCAGGCUCUUCUACGACGGCUGCUACCUCAGGUACGACGAUUACCUGUUCUUCAACGAGAGCUUGAGCUCCGUCGAUAGAACCGUGUGCGCCGCCGCUGAUUUUACCGGGAACCGGACUCUCUUCAAGGAUAACGUUUCCAAGUUGUUGAGGAACGUUACGGCGGUGGCCCCCACGAAUAACGGUUUUUUUACUGGAUUUGUGAAUGAUGGCAAUUUGAGUGUUUACGGAUUGGCUCAGUGUUGGGAAUCUGUGAGAGGGAGUGGCUGUGUGGAUUGUUUAGAAGAUGCUGUUACAAGAGUUGAUUCCUGCCCUCCUAAGGUGGAAGGGAGAGCUCUCAAUGCAGGCUGCUAUUUGAGAUUCUCCACCACCAAAUUUUACAACAAUUCCAUCAUCGAUUCACCCACUGGAAACGGAGGGGGUACUCGCCGCCGUGCUGCUAUUAUUGCCUCAACUUGUGCUGCAUUUUCUUUCCUGCUAUUUGUAGCUAUGGUUUCAUUUUUUGUGAGGAACAAGAUUCUUAAACGAAGGAGAGUGAAGAAGAAGCUAGGUGCUCUGUUGUCCAUUGUUACAAAGUCGAAGAUCAACUUGUCGUACGAAACUCUAGAGAGGGCCACGGGUUACUUCCAUAGCUCGAACAAACUAGGCCAAGGGGGGUCUGGUUCUGUCUACAAAGGCGUAUUGCCAACUGGCCAGACUGUUGCGGUGAAGAGGCUAUUCUUCAACACGACGCAAUGGGCUGAUCAUUUCUUUAACGAGGUUAAUUUGAUCAAAGAUAUGGAUCAUAUAAACUUGGUGAAGCUCUUGGGUUGCAGCAUUACUGGCCCCGAGAGCCUCCUUGUGUACGAAUAUGUGCCAAACCAAAGCCUCCACGACUAUCUAUUCGUUAGGAAGGAUGUUCCCCCUCUCGAGUGGGAGCAACGGCUGAGGAUCAUAAAUGGUACUGCUGAGGGUCUGGCUUAUCUUCAUGAUAACUCAAACUUGAAGAUAAUACACAGAGACAUAAAACUGAGCAAUGUGCUUCUGGAGGAGGACUUCACUCCCAAAAUUGCUGAUUUUGGGCUUGCUAGGAUGUUUCCACAAGACAAGACUCACAUCAGCACUGGUCUUGCUGGUACACUUGGCUACAUGGCACCGGAAUACAUAGUUCGUGGAAAGCUGACAGAGAAAGCAGAUGUCUUUAGCUUUGGAAUUGUGGUAAUCGAAGUGGUGACCGGGACAAGGAACAAUGCUUUCUCUCAGAAUUCUCAAUCAAUACUCCAAAUGGUGUGGGAUCUGUAUGGGUCGGGAAAUGUGACAGAAGCAGUUGAUCCAUCGAUAAAGGGGAAGUUUCCAGAAGAGGGGGCGGCUUGGUUACUUGGAAUCGGCCUACUCUGCGUGCAAGCCAAUGCAGAGAUGCGGCCAUCCAUGUCAACGGUGGUGAUGAUGCUUAACGGUGAUCGAGACAUUUAUCAGCCAACUCAGCCGCCCUUUCUCAACUCCGCCUCUGCGGAAUUUAUCAGCCGGUUUAGGAGGCCAGAUUCUUACACGCAGUCUUCUGGUAACAAUGAAAUAACAGAGAGCAUUGUGGAGCCAAGAUAAUUUAAUGUCGGUUUCAGUGACAAGGUUAGCUAAGGUAGUACAUAUGUACAUGAAAUCAGCAUCUUUUUUUUGCACUUGCUGUAUUAUUCUCAUUGUCACUGAGUCUACGGUCUACCAUUAAGCAACCAAAGUUUGUGGUGUAUAUAUGUAUAGUUGAGAGAAGACAUGUUAAUUCCUAACUUAAAA